UCUUCUCCAGCAAGAGAUUCCCCCUUUCGCUAUGAUGCUCCGAUUAGUGAUCAUGUGCUUGUCUGCUCCUUUAUACGUUGCUUUUGCGUUGAGUUCAGAUGGGUUAACUCUGUUGUCUCUUCUCAACCACUGGACUUCUGUGCCUGCUUCCUUAAAGUCAAGCUGGAAGUCCUCUGAUUCCACCCCUUGCUCUUGGAUAGGAGUACAAUGCGACCAUUACAGCAACGUGAUCUUCCUAAACUUCACUGCAUACAGGAUUUUUGGUCAUCUUGGACCAGAAAUUGGACAGUUGCCUCACUUGCAGAACCUUGUUUUGGUGGCAAAUGGCUUUCAAGGAAAUAUACCCUUAGAAUUGGGCAAUUGUAGUCUGCUGGAGUAUAUCGAUCUUUCUGAUAACUACUUCAGUGGACACAUACCAUAUACCUUGAAAGCGUUGCAAUUGAAGUAUUUAAGUUUUUCUUCUAAUCUGCUCAGUGGUGAAAUUCCUGAGUCAUUGUUUCAAAUUCCGGAACUGCACGGGAUUGAUCUUCACAAUAAUAGUCUAAGUGGUCCCAUACCAUCCAAUAUAGGGAACAUGACUAAACUGUUGAAGAUGCAUCUAUCUAGUAAUCAGUUGUCAGGAACCAUUCCCUCUUCCAUAGGUAACUGCAGUAAACUAGAGGACCUUGAACUGUACUCCAACCAUUUGACAGGUGAAAUUCCACUUACAAUUUGGAAGAUUCAAAAUCUUAAGCUGGUCAUUCUUCAUAAUAAUAGCCUUUCAGGGAAAUUACCUUCAGAGGUGACAAAGCUCAAGCAUCUUAAGAAUAUCUCUUUGUUUGACAACCAAUUCUCUGGAUCAAUUCCUCAAAACUUGGGAAUCAACAGCAGUUUAGUGAAGCUGGACUUGAUGAAUAAUAAGUUCACUGGUAAUAUCCCACCAAAUCUUUGUUUUGGAAAGCAAUUACGUCUACUGAAUUUAGGUCUUAACCAACUUCAAGGAGGCAUACCUCAUGAUCUGGGAAGAUGUGCAACUCUUGGGAGGUUGGUUCUCAAUGAAAAUAAUCUUUCUGGGUCUAUUCCUGAAUUUGAAGGUAAUCUGAAUCUCAUAUACAUGGACCUCAGCAUGAACAACAUCAGCGGAGCAAUUCCAUCAAGUUUGGGAAACUGCACAAAUCUCACUGCUUUAAUUUUAUUCAUGAAUAACAUUACAGGGCUAAUACCGUCAGAGCUUGGAAAUCUUGUAAACCUUCAGGCUUUGAAUAUUUCUUACAACAGCCUGGAAGGUCCUUUGCCACAUCAGUUGUCAUAUUGUACCAAAAUGGAGACAUUUGAUGUUGGAUUCAAUUUUCUCAACGGUUCAUUUCCUUUAAGCAUGAGGAGCUGGACAGGUUUAACCAGAUUAAUUUUAAAAGAAAAUCGUUUUAGCGGGGUUAUCCCAUCUUUCUUGUCAGAGUAUGAUCGGCUUCUUGAGCUACAACUUGGUGGUAAUAUGUUGGAAGGAAAAAUUCCUUCAUCAAUUGGAUCAUUGCAUAAUCUCUUUUACGGGUUGAAUUUGAGGGCUAAUAAGUUGACAGGUGAGAUACCGCUAGAAAUUGGGAAGUUGCAAAAGCUGCUAAGUCUGGAUAUAUCCCUAAACAAUUUGACAGGAAGCAUACAUGUUCUUGGUGAACUUUCUUCAUUAACAGAAGUGAACAUAUCAUACAACUUAUUUGUUGGUCCUGUACCAGAAUGGAAGAUGCAAAAACUGAAUUUAUCUCCAUUGUCAUUCUUGGGCAAUCCUAGCCUCUGUGUCCUUUGUUCAACUUCAGAUGUCUUGAGUUGCAAAAGAACUAGCUUUUUAAAGCCAUGUGACUCUGAAUCAACUGACCACAAAAGAAGUAAUCAAUUAAUUUUAUUUAUAGCUAUUGGAUUUGUAGUGUUCGUCAUUUGCUUGUCGGGAAUGCUAUUAAUUCAUGGCCGGUGUUAUUCUGGUCAAAUAUCUGAGGAGGAAGUUGCUAAUUAUCAUGCUGAGCAAUCUUACAUUCGUGAGUUUCGUCGAAGAUCUCUUCUGGAGGUGAAUGCUGAUUAUGAAGAAAUUGUUGAUCUGAUAAAUGCUACAGAGAAUCUGCAUGAUCGAUAUAUAAUUGGCCAAGGAGGGCAUGGAAUUGUCUAUAAAGCUGAACUUGAUUUUGGAGUUUUUGCUAUUAAGAAGGUUAAAUUUGGACGGAGCAAUAGGAGGAAAUUAAACAUGAUCAAGGAAAUUGAAAUGACUAGGAAGAUUAGGCAUCAAAAUGUGGCGAGAUGCCUAGGCUUCUGGAUUGGUGAGGAAUAUGGUCUAACCAUCAGCAAGUACGAGGAAAAUGGUAGCCUUCAUGAUGUUUUGCAUUCUCAACCAUGCUUAGCAUGGAAUGUCCGCUAUAAGAUUGCUAUUGGAGUUGCAAAAGGAUUGGCACAUCUCCAUCAUAAUUGUGAUCCUCCUAUAUUGCAUCGAGACAUCAAACCAAAGAAUAUACUCCUUGAUUCUGAUAUGCAACCUUGUAUUAUUGAUUUUGGUAUUUCCAUUGCUUUGAACGAGUCCUCUGCUAUGGUACAUCUGCGGUCAACAUAUCAUCUAGGUACACCUGGUUUUAUGGCACCAGAGAUUGCAUAUGCAAUACAGCCGAGCAGUGAGCUUGAUAUAUAUAGUUAUGGGGUAGUUUUGCUUGAGCUGAUAACCGGAAAGAAAGUAUUAGAUUCAUCAUUUUCGGAGGAGGAAACCACUUUAGUUGGGUGGUUUAAAUCUGUAUGUUGGAAAACAAGAGAACUUGAAGAGAUUGUUGAUUCAAGCAUUGCAGCGGAGCUUUCAGAUUCAAAUGUAAUGGUGCAAGUUAUCAAAAUGCUUUUGGUGGCUUUAAUGUGUACCCAAAAAGAUCCAAGAAAGAGACUGAAAAUGAUAGAUGUUGUUGAAUUCUUUGAAACACCCACUGAUCCAGGCAUUAUUGUUCGACCUCCCACAGCUCAAUUUCAUUUGGGGAUUUUCCUCGCAGCUGCUGUGGCCUCUAAUCUUUUUCAGGAGGAAGUCAAGAUCGCCAACAGAGAUUCUUUGUCAAUUCCUUACGAGAUGGAGCCUGCUGCAAAUCUAGAUUCUCUGAAUAUGAUCCCCAGAAGAACUCGUGGGGUUGUUUCUAAAGUACAACUACAUUCAGGCCGAGUUUGUGCUGAAAGGAAGGUGACAUUUACUGGGAACAAAGGCAUUAUGUUAAGCGUGGUUAGAGAAAUUGAAAUGCUUGAAAAUAUUAGGCACCGAAAUAUGGUCAGAAUGCUAGAGUAUACGCUCAGAGAAGAUUAUGGUAUAAUCUGGUAUGAGUACAUGCCAGGAGGAAACCUUCAUGAUGUCUUGCUUGAAAAGGAUCCACCGCCAUCCCUGAAAUGGAAUGUCCGUUUUACUAUAGCAACUGGAAUUGCUCAUGGAUUGGCCUAUCUCCAUCAUGAUUGUUAUCCUGCCAUUGUACAUGGUUCCAUCAGACCAAGGAAUAUAUUUCUAGACUCUGAUAUGGAGCCUCAUAUUGCGGAUUUUGGUAUUGCCCAGUUUUUCGAUCAAUCUUCUUCAACACCAUCUUCAUCUGUUCCAGGCACACCAAGGUAUAUUACCCCAGAAAAUACUAGGGAGUCUGAUGUCUACAAUUAUGGGAUAGUUUUGCUUCAAUUGAUAACCCGGAAGAAGGUGGUAGAUCCAUCAUUUAUGGAGGGAAUUGAGAUAGGGAGCUGGGUGAGAACUGUGUGGGGGGAAACAGGAGACAUUAUUAAAAUUGUUGACGAGAGCCUUGCAGAGGAGGGGGUUUUGGAUCCACUUGUACUUAUUCGAGCUACUGAUGUGCUUUUGGUGGCUCUGAGAUGCACUGAGAAGGAUCCAUACAUGAGACCCACAAUGAGGGACGUUAUUGGGCAACUAGAACAUGCUAUCUAUGUCAAGGACCUGCCAACGGAGGUUAUAUGUCAUUUCCUUUCGAGAUUCUGUGGAUCUAAUUUGGAAGAUACUGAUAGAGAUUAUUUUGGAUAAAAGAAUGUAAACAUGUUUGAAGAUCAAGUCAAAGAUCAAAUAUUAGAAACCUUAUUUAUAUUUAUUUUGAGUCUUUUAAUAUAGUUUUUAUUUAGGGUUAUUGAGAAUAGUUUUGUCAUUGUUAUUAAAUUAUUAGGUUUAUUUAACAUAUGGAUGCACAUCAGCACAUGGUGACGGCACGCAAAAAUCACAUUGAAUUGAAUAAAAGGAGGAACAAACAGCAGGCGGCAGAAGUUAUCGGAGAGUAGUAGAGACGUUGCUAGCUUUUGUCUUUUCUUUUC